AUGGCCGGUACCUCACCCAAGCCUGUAUGUGCCUGUGCAGAUGGCAACUGCACCAGUGACUGUCCGUGCUUGAGUUUAUUUGGAUCUUGCUCUCCUCGAUGUCAAUGCAAAGGAUGUCAAGUGCAGACUCAACCGGAGCGAACCAAGGGAUGUAGUUGCAAGAAAUCUAACUGCUUAAAGCUAUACUGCGAGUGCUUGGCAGCGCAACGUAUGUGCGACCAUCGCUGCAACUGCGAAGGGUGCAAGAACUGCUCCGAGACGUUGGCGGAACGAGAAAGAGCUGUAGCCGCCAUUUUAGAUAGAAACCCAUUGGCAUUCCAGCCGAAAGUUGCCAGUGGAUCGAGUCAGCAUCUCCGAGGCUGCAAUUGCCGUAAAAGUGGCUGUAUGAAAAAUUACUGCGAGUGUCAUCAAGCUGGAGUGGCCUGCACGUCGCGAUGUGCGUGUCACCAGUGCCGCAACACAGAGACGUUCGUGUCCGCCAAGAAAAUGCUAGUAUUUGCAGGUGUCAGUGCAGACGACAACGACCUACGCGUCACCAUUCGACCAUCACAACGGAAGCUUGUGAAGCGACCUAAGAAGUCGGAGACACAGAGCGGUAUGCUUACACCAACUAAUGCCUCAACACAGCGGCCGUCGGCAUUGGAAUUACUGUCAAGAAGUGCGCCAGCGGCACCUUCCAAGCUUCAUCACCAUGAGGAUUCGGCAAUGGGGAUUGCCCCAACCACGCCGACAAAGCGGCCAUCCAGCUACUUGGAUCUCGUCCCAGGGGUUGUGACUCCAACAUUUGCCAAGAGGAAAUAUACCCGACGAAGCUUCAGCCAACUGCAAUUCAUGGAGCGAAUCCAAGAGCUAGCAGCUCCGACAGUAGAGCUGCCGAACGUCGAGGAUACAGUCACGAACGCAUACGACGCCAGGAAUACUGAAGGAGUCGGUGACCCGGAGCUUACGAUUCUCAGUCGAUCACUUCUACACACUGCCAUGGCACAGUCAAGGACAAGCAAACCUCAGCGUGUUCCUGGUUCCAGUGACGCUCGGAAAGCGCUGUCUCCCACUGCUGCUGGCCUGUUCUGUGAAGAAGAGUACAGCAAGUACAAGGAAACAAAUCUAAGCGUCAUGCAAGAGCGCGCUGUGCUUCAAGAGUUUAGCGUGUGGCUGCGAAAUCUGGCCGCGAGCUUAUCUCAAUAG